CCUGGGCAUGAAAGUAGUUAAGAGUGGUAGGUAAAAGGAAGAGUGGUCUCUGAUUCUGGUGUUGAAGACAAGUCUGUGGAGGGUGGUAGGUGUGGAAGAAAACCCUUUCCUCCACUUUUAACUUUUCAAAUCUCUUUUUACGAAUUCUUGCCAUAAUCUUGCGGGGUUUUCUCUGUAUUUCAGAACAGACCCAAAUUCACAAGUUGAAUUCAUCUUGCUGGGAGUGAGUAAUUAGCUAUACCUGCUUAAUUGGCUAGGAAGAUGUCACAGGAAACAGCACACCUAGAUGGAGAGGUUGUUCUGGCUGAAGAAGUUGGCAAUGCUAGAUUGAUCACCUUAAACCGUCCCAAGCAAUUGAAUGUCAUUUCAUCUGAAGUGGUAAAAUUGCUGGCUCAAAACCUGGAAAAAUGGGAGAAAGAUGACAAUGCAGCUCUCAUCAUCCUCAAGGGAGCUGGGCGUGCUUAUUCUGCUGGUGGGGACUUGAAAAUGUUUUAUGAUGGCAGGACACCAAAGGAUUCUUGCCUUGAAGUUGUUUACCGGAUGUAUUGGCUUUGUUACCAUAUCCACACCUAUAAAAAACCCCAGGUUGCUCUAGUUCAUGGCAUUUCAAUGGGUGGAGGUGCAUCGUUGAUGGUCCCAAUGAAGUUCUCUGUUGUAACUGAAAAGACAGUUUUUUCUACUCCAGAAGCAAGUAUUGGGUUUCAUACUGACUGUGGAUUCUCAUAUAUUCACUCUCGCCUUCCGGGCAGAUUUGGGGAGUAUUUUGCGUUAACUGGGGCGAGGCUUAAUGGUAAAGAACUGGUUGCACUUGGAAUGGCGACACACUUUGUACCUUUGGAUAAAUUGCCUGAGCUAGAGAAGCGUUUGCUAGAUUUGAACACGGGCAAUGAGAAUGCUAUCAGAUCUGCCAUAGAGGAAUUCUCCAUAGCUGUUCAAGUUGACGAAGAAAGUGUCUUGAACAAGCAGGCCAUUAUUGAUGAGUGUUUUUCCAAGGAUUCUGUGGAGGAGAUUAUAAAAUCCUUUGAAGUUGAGGCGAGCAAAGAAGGCAAUGAUUGGAUUCGUGGUGUGCUUAAAGGCCUCAAAAGAUCGUCCCCAACAGGAUUAAAAAUCACACUGAGAUCGAUUCGAGAAGGAAGGAAACAAACACUGGGUGAAUGCCUGAAGAAAGAAUUUCGAGUAACAAUGAAUAUUCUAAGGGCAGUGAUAUCUGAUGAUGUGUAUGAGGGUAUCAGAGCUAUCAAUAUUGACAAAGAUAACUCUCCCAAAUGGGAUCCUUCAAGUCUUGAUAAGGUUGAUGUUGAGAAAGUUGAGACAGUAUUCCAACCAUUUGAAGAAGAAUUGGAGCUCAACAUUCCAGAAACAGAAGAUCACAGGUGGGAUGGAAAAUACGAAAGUUCAGUAUACGCUCACCUUAAUGAGUAAAAAUUAUAAGGCACUCAUCACUCUCAUGGGUUUUGAUUAAGAGCUGAAAUUGUCUUCAUUUUGAUUUGAUUACAAGCCUAGCUUAGCUUGUGUUUGCAGU